AUGGCGCGCUCGGGCCCAGGAGGAAGGGGGGAGACCAAACAUGAGCAGGUUCGGGGAGCCGACCAGGUAGAAUCUAACCAGCGAAAUUCAGGUGAAAUAGGGAGAGUGGGAGCCCCUUGCCUGGGGACCACAGCAGAAGACUGUCUGGCUCAGUGUGAUAAUGACUGCAAAGCUUACUGCUGCGAUGGGACUGCUCCCUACUGCUGCUCCUAUUAUGCCUACAUUGGGAAUGUCCUUUCAGGCACAGCAAUAGCUGGAAUCGUUUUCGGGAUAGUAUUUAUAAUGGGAGUGAUUGCUGGGAUUGCCAUCUGUAUCUGCAUGUGCAUGAAGAACAACCGCGGCACUCGAGUCGGGGUCAUCCGAACGACGCACAUCAACGCCAUCAGCACGUACCCAGUGGCCCCUCCGCCAUACAGCUACGAGUACGAGCUGGAGUACCCCGCAGACCUACCUCCUCCGUAUACCCCAACCCCACAGGCGUCGAUGCAGUACCCGCCACCUCCUCCCUACCCUGGCUACUCAGGGAAGUAA